CUGAACAGACACUCUUGCACAAUGGAUAUUGAUUCGGUCCUGAAGCAUGUCCAAACAUUCUCACUGGUCGUCUACUGUGUGAUUAUAGUGGUUGGGACAGUGGGAAAUGGUCUGGUCAUCUACGUGACCGGCUUCAAGAUGACGAAAACAGUCAACUCUGUGUGGUUUCUCAACUUGGCUCUGGCAGACUUCCUCUUUACAGCGUUUCUGGUGUUUACAGCAGUCUCUCUCUCUCAGCAGCACCACUGGCCUUUUGGACAGUUCAUGUGCAAACUCAACAACUUUGUGAGCUUGGUCAACAUGUUUGCCAGCGUCUUUUUUCUGGCAGCCAUCAGUCUGGAUCGUUGCUUGUCCAUCUGGGUGGUGGUGUGGGCACAAAAUAAGCGCACCGUCCUGAAGGCUCAAAUCAUCAGCGCGGCAAUCUGGUUGUGUGCAGGGAUUUGCAGCGCACCUUCUGCCUUCUUUCGCAAUGUGAUAAACCAUAAUAAUAAGACAUACUGCAACUACUCUUCAAAAGAAAUAGUAUGGCGUCUGAAUAUUUUCCGUUUUCUUAUGGGCUUUCUCAUUCCAUUCCUGGCAAUAUUUUUCACCUCUGUUGCUAUAAUCAUCCGUUCCAGGCAUCUGCAGCGGGCAAGAAAACGGAGAUUUCAUCGCAUCCUUUUCUCUGUUAUUUUUGCAUUCUUCAUUUGCUGGUUGCCUUUUCAUGUUUUGAAUUUUAUAGAAGUGGGUGACCAGCAACUCCAGAAAGUUGUUAGAAUUGGAAGUACUCUAAGUGUGAGUCUGGCCUUCAUGAACAGCUGUCUGAACCCCAUCCUCUAUGUUUUCAUGUGUGACGAGUUCCAGAAGAAGCUCAAAAAGUCCUUAUGUUUUGUCCUAGAAAGCGCUCUGGCAGAGGAACACUUGUCUUUUGCGUCAUCUCGCUCACUGUCAUCUCACUUUUCACGGAUUUCUCGAAAGUCAGAUUCUGCAGUCCCAGAAGAUAAGCGUGUGCAUACGUUGACUUUCACGGAGAGUAGGGUGGCAUAGAGUAAAGAAAGGCAAUGAAACAAAAUCAAAUCCAAUUCUUAUUGAAAUGACAAGAAAAGAAAAAAAAAAGACCAAGAUACAGCUGAUACCCAUUGGUGCAUUGAUAGACAAUGCCGUGCACCUGUGGAGUGAAAUAAGAAGAAUAUUUGCUGUUAUGAGUGCUUUUUAUGUUUCUUUAAAUAAUUUGUCUUUAUUUUUUUAAACAAUUCCAAUCACCAAUCCUUAUACUAUACUGUGUGAUGUAUGGCAGAAUAUUUUGAUCUAUGUGAUUGUAAGGUUGUUGAAAUAACUAAUGAAAAUAUUAAAAUGUUUGUUGUUUUUUUACUGUAUCUCUGUGCUUAAUAAACUGUGAAACUGCA